UGAAAAUGAGCUACAGUGAAGGUCCAGACAAAGGUCAUGCUUGGGUCAUUGCUAUAGCUGCUUGCGUUCUUACCAUGAUCCUUUCUGGCUUGUCUAAGGUAGUGGGUAUACUUUACGUAGCAGUUAUUGAUACAUACGGUGCCACAAGAUUCGAAGCAACGCUGCCAUUCUCCUUGAGAAAAUCUCUCCGAAGUUUAGCAGGACCAGUUGUAGGAGUAAUUGGGCAACGUUACGGAAUUCGAACUGUUACUUUCUUUGGGGGAUUCGUAGGGGCACUCGGAGCAGCUCUUUGCUUCAUAGCUCCCAAUACAACAUGGCUUGUAGUCUGUUGGGGUGGAAUUCAUGGCCUGGGCGAUGCUUUCUCUAACACACUUUUUCAAGUGGUGGUAAAUCAAUAUUUUGUGAAAUACAGAGCAACUGCUUCCGGUAUUGCCCUUUCUGGGGCGUGUGUGGGGUCCAUUGGCUUUUCCUUUCUCAUUGAAUCCCUAGAAGAUGCUUAUGGACUUCAGGGCACGUUCCUCAUAGUUUCAGGAGUUAUUCUUCAUGUCUUACCAGCAGCAAUCCUUCUCAAAUCGCCAAGCUGGAUUCAGAAUGAAAAUCAAAAGAAUAGCAUUCGCCAGAAGCCACAUUCUUGUGUGAUUUCGAAAAGCUGCAUGAAAGCAAAAUCCAUCAUAUCUUUGAAUCCUCUGGCAGAAGGGAAUAACAUUUUUACUAUCUCAGGUCUUCCCAUGAAAACUCAUUCCUCAACAAACUUAAUUUCUACCCUCCAAGAAACACUGGAAGAAACAAAAGGAUUCGGCAAUCCUGUCUUCGAACUGGAAAUGCAGAACUGCCUAGAGCAAACUCACCGAGGCAAAAGGCAAAGCCUUCAGAGUUUGCUUGUCACUCCUGAAGAUUGUUUUUGUGAUCAUAUUUCAUUACCCUGCGAGAAGAAAAAUGAAGUUUCCAGGGGGACAGAAGAGGCAAAGACUGGCACCGAAAAAGCAAAAAGCAUGUUGGAAAGUGUAAAAAGUAUUGCUAGAAUAUACAAGAAUCCUCUUUUCGUGCUAAUAUGCAUUUGUAUGGCAACGUAUGUUUUAAUAGUAGUUCCUCUGAUGACCACUGUCAUUGAUUAUAGCAGAGACAAAGGUUUACCAGAAACUGUUGGAAAGUACCUAAUACAUGCCACGGCCGUUGGAGAUAUACUAGGCCGCCUUUGCUUUGGUUGGGUGACAGACAAGGAUAUCAUAUCUAUUCCGCACUACAUGAUCAUAGCUUUGGUCCUUGAAGGUAUCUUCAUUCUUUUACUGCCCAUGACCAAGAGUUUGGCUAUGUACUUGUUGCUAUUAGCCCUCUUCUCCAUGACAGCAGGAAGCAUGUUGGUUCGUCUACCAAUCCUCGUAUUUAAGCAUGUGAAGAAGGAAGAGCAUUUAAUGGCUAUGGGAUGCUACGGUUUCGUUUCGGGAUUAAUUCCACUCGGAAUACCAUCCCUCAUUGGCUACUUCCGAGACACAAGAAGCUCUUACGAUGAAAUGUAUUACAUAUUGGGAGGUUUAUCUAUUGUAUCUGGAGGACUGUGGCUUUUAGAACCUGCGCUAGCAAGACUGAACGACCGCCUGCAGCAACUCAAGAAAGAAAGUAACAGCGUGUAAAAAAACAAAAGAAGAAUAUUUUUACUAGUGAUCCAGUGAAGCUCAAAACUUUUCUCAAGAAAAUACGAUAUGUCGGAUUUUUGUUGCGAACAGUCAUUACGAAAUCUCACAAAUUAUGAAUGAUAAUGCACGGAAGUUAAAACAAUGAACUUUUUAGUUUGAAUUCUUUAGAAUUUGAAAGCAAUAUUAUUUUUCGUAAGUUUUCUCAACAGUUAUUGAAAAAUAUCUGUAUUUUGUGUUCCACUGUAAAACAUGGAACAAAGCUAAAGGAUGAUGAUACUUUCAAAUAAGUUUUUCUUAUGGGAAUUUUAGAAGAGAAGGAGAGUAAGAAAUGGUUUAUGUUUGGGUUUAAAACGUUUGAUGAAGAUGUAAAAUGAAGCUAAUAAACUUAUCAAUUUUACAGCUAAUGAAUAUUUAAGACAGAAAAAUGCCGUUUUCAAAAAUGUAGAUUUAUUUCUGUUCUCGAAAAACUAGAUAUGCCCUACAAGCAUUCAGCUACAUAUAUUCUUUAUGAAGUCAACUGGAUCUCAUUAUUAUUAGACGAAAAUGGUUAUUUUAUUCUAUUCAAAAUACGCACUUAUCGUAUUGUAUGUACACGUUUCAUAAGAAUUUUGUUUCGU